ACACAUAAAUGAAAUACAAUUUAAUGGAUACGGGUUGUCUGUCAAAUGUAUUAAUGUUGAUUCAAGAUUCAUCGUAAAAAAAAAUGUAAUACUACUUCGCGGAUAUGUGCAAUGUUUUUGUUGGUAUCAAAUAUAUUUUUCCAAAAUUCUCAACUAAAAUACUUAAAAAAUCUAUUCCUUAAAAUAUGAAUACAUUAUGCACAUGGCAGCAAUAUAUGAUGUUGUAAUCAAAGAUGUCAGUUCUUGAGAAGCAACGCUUCCUUUGAAGUGUUCAAGUUCAAGAGGCCUGCUAAGGCACAAUGAAAGCCAUUGUAUCAAUUACAUUGAUCGUGCUGUUAUAUGGGAUAAACUCAGUACCCAUCAGUGCCAUUAGAAUAUGUGCCAGCAGAAAAAAAAAUAAUGAGAAUUUUCUCUUAAAACAAAAUACACCCAGUGUACCUGAAGAUUUACUCAAUGACAGUAAUGUAAUUCAUACUGGAAAGGAUGAUAAUAUUAAUUUUGAAAAAUGUACUAAUUUUUGCCAUGCAUUGUGGCAAGAAGAAAAGACUGCAAAUGGAACCAAAAUUAUCAUUUUAUCUCAAGGUUGUUGGAAACAGUCUGGUGAACAAAAAUGUGAAACAACAGAAUGCAUUGCCCUUCAACGUUCUACUAAAGCACUGAAUAAUACAAAAUUUUGUUGUUGUCAUGGAGAUUAUUGUAAUCUUAAUAUCAAUAGUACUAAUAUCUUAUACUCUGAAAAUAAUGCACAUAGUUCUAUUCCUGCAGAAGAUAAUCAACCAACAACUGAAUAUUUGGAACAAUCAGAUUCUGGGAAAUGGAUUGUUAUCAUAAGCGUUCUGCUAUGCAUACUAUUAGUAAUAAAUAUUGUAGCUAUAAUGGUAUAUCGUGUAUAUCACAGUAAUAUGAUAGCAAGAUUAGGAAAACCACUUUCCUAUACAGAUCAGUUUAUGGAUAGCACGGCACUAAGAACUGGUACUUAUACAGUAGAUCAUUUGAAACUUACAACAAUUGUAGGACAAGGACGCUAUGGGUCGGUAUGGCAAGGCAGCAUGGGAGAUCAAGAUGUCGCUGUAAAAAUAUUUCCUUCCCAUUAUCGUAAUUAUUUCCAAAAUGAGAGAGAUACUUAUUGUCUUCCCUUUAUGGAACAUCCAUCUCUUCUAAGUUAUUAUGGUGUUGAUGAAAGAAUCAGUAUGGAAGGUAGUGUUGAAUAUCUUUUAGUACUUAGCUUUGCACCAGGUGGUACUUUAACAGAUUUUUUAAGAACUCAUACAAUUGAUUGGGCCACAUUUUGCAAAAUGGGUCUUUCUAUGGUGAAAGGACUUGCUUACUUACACACUGAUAUACAUAAAAGUGAUAAAUUUAAGCCGUGCAUUGCACAUAGAGACAUUAAUUCGAGAAAUAUAUUGAUCAAAGCCGAUGGUACUUGUUGUAUAUGCGAUUUAGGAUUAGCAGUUCAAAUUUCUGGUUCUAAAUACUAUUCAAACGGAGAAGCACAACAUGCCGAGAUAAAAUCAAUCAACGAUGUCGGUACUUUGAGAUAUAUGGCGCCAGAAAUAUUAGAAGGGGCUGUAAAUUUAAGAGAUUGUGAAAGCUCUUUAAAACAAAUAGAUGUUUAUGCAAUGGGCUUAGUCUUAUGGGAAUUAGUUUCAAGAUGUUCAGACAUUUACAUAUUAGGAUCAGAAGUACCUCCUUAUAGACAACCAUAUGAGAAAGAAAUUGGCCUUCAUCCAACAUUUGAACAAAUGCAAGUUCUAGUUUCUCGUAAUAAAGCAAGACCUUUAUUGGAGGGUAAUUUAGUGGACAGGCCCGGAGUACGUUUAAUUAAGGAAACAAUGGAAGAUUGUUGGGAUGCAGAUGCAGAAGCUCGAUUGACUGCUUUAUGUAUAGAAGAGCGUCUUUCAGAAUUACAAUCUCAUCGAGUAACAAUGCAUUUCACCGAUGGAAGUCCAAUGGUAAACUCUCAUUGUACUCUAGUGCCUUCAACCACAAACAGCCUUUAUAGCGAAUCUUCGUAUCAUGAUAAUGUUCACGUCACUCAACUUGCAUCGCACGCAGUACAAGACAGUUCGAGUAACGAAGGUGGCAUUGUUGAAAAUUUGGUAACAUUAUCGCCUUGUGAAAGCAUUGUCCAUGAGCAUAGCUUUAAAAAUUCAAAUGAAGUAGCAAUAUAUAAUCAUACUCAAACACUUCAACCUUAUCAAGGGCGAAACCCUUGUAUGGAACGAAAUUUAAUGUUACAGUCAGAUUCACUUGAAGAUUUAGGGUGCAAUGGUAAUGUACUCGUUGAUAAAUCUAUGAAACAUGCGUGUAAUGAUCAGUACAGAAUUGUAUCAGAAGCACAAGGACUUGUUUCCCAUGACUAUUUGAGUCAACACACGACGCAAUUAACCCAGCUAAGACCAGCUACACCUAUACCAUAUGUUCAAAAUGUUAUCUCGGAUGAUGGUGCAUCAUCAUAUGGUAAAAGAAAACAGACAAACGUACAUGAAGUUUGUCCGCAAGAUAGCCCCAGAAAAAAAUUGUUUGGAUGGUCAAAUUUUAAAAAAUUACUUGUUAAUAAAAAGAUGUAUCCAUAUAAUAAGUAUCAAAUAGAUCGAGAGGAUUCUAAAUCUAAUUUAUUGUCAAAACAGAACGUACAGAUCAAAACUGUAGAGACUAAUGUAACGAUAUCUCCAGCAGGGAAAUAUGUAAAUGGUAUUAUUACAAAAACACCUACUUUUAGCCCUACGCUAGAUAAGAAUGAUAAGAAUGCUAUACAAAUUGGUAAACAGAAAUUUGAUAAUGAUAAUACAAAUACCCGACCAUCUACCUUGCCCCUUGUAAAUCUAAGAAAUAAAAAAAGUGAAAAUAUCAGUAGACAGGAAAGCAUCGAUAAAUUCAACGAAGUUUUUAACGUGGGAUCUAAUGUAAACGUAUUAAAGGAUCCGCAUAUGAGAAUAAAAACGCCGGGAGAUUUGCCGCCUUCUGUAAGAAAAAUACGUGGUCGUGGACAAUCAAGUGCUAGAUUUUCUCUUUAUGAUGACCGAAUGAUGUGCAAUAUUUUAAGCGAGGAAGACGACCGAAGUGAUAAAGCUAUUUGGAAUUCAGUACCAUUUGGCAUGGAUCUUGGCGACAGCGAUGACAAACAUUCGUCGACUAAAUUUAGUACCAAAAAUGUUACUUGCUUUUAAUCUAAUAUAGUACUAACAUAUUUGUAAAGAUUUUAGAAAUAAGUAUAAACAGGGCUGUAUUAUAACUUCAGCUUCAAUAUGUGUAUGUACAGAAAAAUAUACGUAAUGAUAAGUCAAAUUUUAUACUCUUAAUGGAAAUACAUUAUGAAAAUUCAAAUAUUAAAGGAAAGAAGGAAAAACAAAUAAAAAAAGACAACAAAAUAUACUCGAAUAAUAUUAAGACAUUAAAGGAGCUAUUGAAUAAUUUACAUUAAUUACUUAGUCCUUAUAAGUAUAUUUUGUGCUUAAAGGAUCUUUUUCUUGCAUAACAAAUAUCUAUUCAUAAAUCUUAUAUCAAUGUUAAUAUUAAUGUUCUAUACAUUCAAAGUAGCAGCAAAAAGUUCAUUAGGAAUGUAUUUUGAUACACAUAGUAAGUGUACAUUAUAAUCCCCAUUGUCAGCACAUAGCUAUCUUAAAUGUUUAUAAUUUUUAUGAAUUAUACACAAUUAUUUCAAGAAAAUCGGUGUCAAUUGUUUAUCAAGAUAUACAAUAUAAAACAAUUGUUCUUAAUAUAGAACUCUUUUUCUAAAUUUAAAUCUUAUCCAUAUAAUUAUUACAGUUGAAUGACAUAUAUUUCUGAGGAUUAGAAAAAAAGUUAUAAAUUCUAAUGCACAACGUGUUUUUUUUUUUUUUUUUUUAACACCUUUAUGUUUUCCACAAAAGGAAAAUUAUGGUUAAUAGAUAAAAGUGUGCAUUACAGCAUAUAAUUACAUAAAAUAAAAGCAAUGUAAAAAUGUACUUUACAUUCAAAUGGAAAUUGUCUAAGCACAAAAUUCGUACUUUCCGUAAGCUCAAUGUAAAUAUUCGUAAGAUAUAAACAUUUUAAUAUAUGAAUUAAACAAG